AUGGGGCCGCGCGUGGUGUUACCGCUCCCGUUGCUGCUGCUGGCUCUGCUAUUAGCACUGCUGUGUGGAACCCAGGGGGCCACGGACACGACUCUCAUCGCGAACACGCUCUCUCCGCCACCUGUCGUGACGAACGGGAGCCAGCCGAGUUCACCGCACAAUGGCACGCACCCACUGAGCUCGCCAGGUUCUCCGCUACUUCGCUCUUUCUACGUGCUCACCGGCCUCAGCAGCCUGGCUGCGCUUUACUUCCUCAUCCGGGCCUUCAGGCUGAAGAAGCCCCAGCGGCGGAGGUACGGCCUCCUGGCCGACGCGGACGAUUCCACCGAGAUGGCUUCUGCAGACAGCGACGAAGAGACCGUCUUUGAGACAAGGAGCCUACGAUGGUAG